UAUACAAUAAACGAAAUCAAACAAUUCAUAAAAUAUAUCUACCUAAACAGUCCAGUCGAAAAUUGGACGCAUUUGAAAGUAUUGGAGAUUUGAGUAUUAAGCGCAGUGAAAAUGCCAGAGGAAGUUGCUGAAAAGGAUAGGCCGUCCUAUUCGUUCUUCUUUGGAUCGAUGGGAGCGGCAUCGGCCAUCAUUUUCUCGGCCUUGGGAGCAGCUUAUGGAACUGCCAAGUCGGGAACCGGAAUCGCAGCCAUGGCCGUGAUGCGACCCGAGCUGAUCAUGAAGUCGAUCAUUCCGGUGGUGAUGGCCGGCAUCAUUGCGAUCUACGGCCUGGUUGUCUCCGUUUUGAUUGCCGGUUCUUUGUCGGACACCUAUACCAUUCGCAAGGGGUAUAUCCACCUGGCCGCAGGACUUUCCGUUGGAUUUUCUGGACUGGCGGCGGGCUUUGCCAUCGGCAUUGUCGGAGAUGCGGGGGUGCGGGGCACCGCCCAGCAGCCCCGCCUCUUUGUGGGCAUGAUCCUGAUCCUGAUCUUCGCCGAGGUCCUGGGACUCUACGGACUGAUUGUCGCCAUUUACCUGUACACCAAGUGAAAACAAUCUUUAUUGCCUUUAAAUAAUACCACAUAUUUUAUAUAUGUGGACCAAUUAUU